AUGUCCCGUUUCCAGUAUCCAACACCGGAACUCCGGGCCUUGGCCCUUGCCCACUAUGCACGAACUGGCGAUGUACCAGCGUUGCGAACGCUUCGGCCGCCACCGAUCGUUCAAAGUGUUUCGAGGUACACCCAGCCCGCCCUGCCCACCCAGAUCCGCCGCCACGUGACCUGGAGAGAAGAAUACGAAAGGGUAAAGAAGUUGCCCAAGCUACCACCGCCGACCGAUCCUAGAAAACUGCAGGAAAGAGAACAAUAUCGGAGAGAGGUACGCGAUGUUGCACGACGACACAAGAGAAGACAAGACAGGAAGGCGAAUCUGCCAGUGGAUGAUUCGACACUGAUCGAGCUCUCCGACACCGAAGACGCGACAGAAGACAGCGCCCAAGUGGCCGCUUACAUGGAAAGGAUCGAGCAAGAAGCUGAAAAGCGGAUUGCGAGUUGUAAGUUGCCCAGCCCCGAUGUGUUGCCGCCUGAGAAGAUGAGAGUGGUGAACCAGAUCAUUGCACACGGCGACUUGCCACCGUCGAGGCCGAAGCACGACGGACCCGACCCGCCCCAGAGCGUCGGGAUCCUUACCAAGGAGCAGUUUGAGGAGAACGUCGAGAAGAACCACCAGAAGUUCGACGACUACAUCGCGGCACGUGCGAUGGAGUCCCCAGCUGCUAAAGAGAAGAGACACAUAAGGAUCUUGGAACGACAGGAGGCGAAGAAAGCGAAGAAGUCCGGACUUUGGGACACGAUCACGUCGACAAUUAGCUCGUCAAUUUCUCUGACGACUAAUUCGUUGCUUUGGAGCGAUGCGAAGACUGACGAUACCACCGAAAGUGCCGGCAAAGAACCCAUGGAGGAUGCCACCCAAGACGACAUGACUGAGAAGUCUGGACUCCUGUCCAAGACGGCCGAAUCAGUCACCAUGUCGUUGACCAGAAUGUGGCGAAUCCUGAUCCAGAAAGCCGGUUUUCCUUGUGCUUAG